UUCUAGGUAACGCUUCGUCUUUUCCGGAGGACGUGUCGUAUUGGAACCGCCGCUGCUUGAACUUUCAAUUCCGCAAACCGGAAAACAUUAACUCUGAGAAGAAAUGCCCCAGUGCAGAGGCGAUGGAGACAGAUCGACCGAUGAAGACAUGGAUGGAGAGUCUGCGGGCUCAUCGGUGGUCAGAGAUAACUUCGAGGUGUCGUGUACGAAGGAGUUGGCUCUGCUCACCCUGAUGAAGAAAACGGGCUACAACAUGGUCCAGGAGAACGGACAGAGGAAGUACGGUGGACCCCCGCCAGACUGGGACGGUCCGGCGCCGCCGCGGGACUGCGAGGUGUUCGUGGGGAAGAUUCCCAGAGACAUGUACGAGGACGAGCUGGUGCCUCUGUUCGAGAAGGCCGGCAAGAUCUAUGAGUUCAGGCUGAUGAUGGAGUUCAGUGGAGACAACCGCGGCUACGCCUUCGUCAUGUACACAGACAGAGAAGAGGCUCAGAAAGCCAUCCAGAUGCUGGACAACUACGAGGUCCGACCCGGGAAGUACAUCGGAGUGUGUGUGAGUCUGAACAACCGCCGCCUCUUCAUCGGCUCCAUCCCCAAAGACAAGAGUAAGGACGACAUCCUGGAGGAGAUGCAGAAGGUGACGGAUGGUGUGGUGGAUGUCAUCUUGUGUCCCAACUUCUCUGAUAAGAACAGAAACCGAGGCUUCGCCUUUGUGGAGUACGAGUCCCACAAAGCAGCUGCGAUGGCCCGGAGGAAGCUGUUACCUGGAACCUUCCAGCUGUGGGGUCACUCCAUCCAGGUGAGCUGGGCCAAGCCGGAGAAGGAUGUGGACGAGGAGGUGAUGCAGCGCGUCAGAGUCCUCUACGUGCGUAACCUGAGGUGGGAAACCACGGAGGAAACCCUUCUUCAGGAGUUCUCCCGCUUCAAGCCCGGCUCCGUGGAGCGAGUGAAGAAGCUCACUGACUACGCCUUCAUCCACUACCGCUCCCGCAGCGACGCCAUCGCCGCCCUGAGCCUAAUGAACGGCGCACAGAUCGAUGGCGCCAUCGUGGAGGUCACGCUGGCCAAACCAGCUGCCAUCAGAGAUGGAAGCACGGUCGGGAGGAGGUACAACAGCAGGGGUUACAUAGGAAACAUCUCUGCAGGAGGAGGAGGUGGAGGAGACGGUAUGUUUCUGCUGCAGCAGAAUGGAGGGAUGAUGGGAGGACCUCUGGACAGCUUCUCUCCACUCAGAGCCUUUUCCCUGCCCAGUCACCCAGGAAACUCCUGCUAUACAAACAGAGGAGAUGAAGAGGACCUGGACCAGGGUGUGUUCCCCCUGCUUCCCUGCACCUCCCUCACCCCCACCAGCCUGCUGUCCCUGAAGCAGAGUCAGAUCAACUCUGCCGUCAGCCUGCUGGAGUAUCGCUGCCGUAAGAACUACUGGUCGCCUCCCGAGUACCACCUGUACUCCACACCUGGACAGGACGGAAAGCUGCUGCUCCUCUACAAGGUGGUGCUGCCAUCCACACGAAGCACCUACAUCCCUGACAAGCUGUGUGUGCUGCUGGACGACGCCAAGGAGCUGGCUGCACAGACGGCGCUGUGGAACCUGGAUUUGUCCAUCUUGACGGGAGCUUCAGGCGACUCUCCCAGCAGCCCUUCCUCUCCGCUCGCCAUGUCCUCGUCUGACGAUAGUCCUGGUGUCCUGACAUACGGCAGACAGGCCUUCACCUCCUGCCUUCCUCCUCCUCCACCAUCCCCCUUCCCCUUCUCCUCCCUGUCAUCCCACUCCACCGCCUCCCAAGCUCAGCGGCUCUACGUCAGCCCCCAGUCGCCUUUCUACUAAAGAUGUCUUCGCUGUGUCUGCAAUCAGGUCAUCCAGUCAGGAGAAGAGGACGCCAUGUUGCAGGAGGUCUUCAUCAGGCAGCGGAAGAUCCACUAAAGAGGAGGAGUGUGAAGAAACAAAAGGCGGCGUUGACUUUUUAUCCGGACUACACAACCUAAUGUUUGGAGUUGUUUCCUCCCUCUGUUUUAUCCUUUUAUCUGUUAGGGCCACUCGGCUUCUUCUUUCUCCUCUGAUAAGCUGCCAGCUGGUAAACGUAAACAAUUUUCAGAUGAUUCAAACUCCUGUUUCUCUUCCUGUUUCCCUGAUUUCUCUCUUCUCUUAGUCACAGUUAUGUUUCAACAUGUGACAUCAAAUAAGGUGAAUUUAUCUAGUUUGGUUCGGUUAUAGAAGAGUUUAGUUCUGUGGCGGCAGCACAAGUUCUGAGUCGUAUCAAGUCGCAGGAAUGAGGAACAGAACAAUGAUUAGCCGCAUUUCCCUUCACAUUAGCCUUUUUCCACAUUUCCUUUCAUCCUCGCGUUACACUGGAGAAGGAAAAUGAUCUAUCUCCUGGAGGGAUGUCUGCACCUGCUGACCCUUUCAUGUUAGCACGACGCU